AUGCCGCCGCAUGGCUCCUCGCGAACGUCGCCCUCGUGGGAAAACUUAGCGGCCGUAGUCCUCGCAUUUUGGAAAAAAAGAUGGGGCUUGUUCCCGGGACUAAAAGAUCUCAAGGCCACCACAAUUAACACAUUAUGGCACGAAAGCGCAAAAUGGGCUGUUGCUGCUAUACGCUCUCGGCACAACACGCGAGUAUACGAUAGCUUGGAGGGCCGUAUCCCCAUCCCCAACACACCAUGCCUCCGAGGCUACCAAGGGGGCAAUCCCCCUCACGACCCCCUCGCCCUCUCCUCCACCGCGAUCACCACCACAGCCCGUCGCGCCUUCUCCGCCACCCCCUCGGCCGCCGCCCGCCUCAUCAGGCGCCCGCGCCGCCCCUAUACCUUUACCCAGCUGAUCCAGCUCUCGGACGGGUCCACCUUCACCGCGCGCACGACGUCGCCCCAGGCCCUCUAUCGCUCGACCAAGGACACCCGCAACCACCUGCUAUGGCAGCCCUCGGAAAAGUCUCUCCGCAACGUCGAGCUCGACGAGGCCGGCAAGCUCGCCGCCUUCCGAGAGAGGUACGGUCGCGGAUUCGAUCUCCGGUCCGGCGCCGCCGAUGCCGAGGGCGAGCUAGCCCAGGCCGAAGCCGGAAAGGGCCUGGGCAAGAAGAAGGAGAGGGAGGCUGCCGCCGCCAGGAAGGCUGAGCAAGAGGCUGCUGCCGCCGCCGCGGAAGAGGAGUACGACAUUGACGACUUGGGCGACUUGAUUGGCGUGUACGGCGCGGAGCUGAAACCCGAGGUGGAAAAGGUCAAGACGUGGCCCACGAAGAAGAAAUAA